GUGUUUCUGCUUGUUUUUUAUCUGUUUGUUUCAUUCAUUUUUCGUUUGUUCUAAAUUGUAUUUGUUCACUUAUGUUUGAAUUAAUUAAAACUUUUAUUUUUGGAAAUUUCUGUGCAAUGUAUCAUUUUCCUAAAAUGUAUAUUUUAUUUUAAUAAAUUUAUGAAGAAACAUUUGUUGAAUGAUGAAUUUUAUUCAAGUCUAAAUACCUUAAUACUAAAGAAUGAUGCAUCGCAAUUAUGAUGAAGAUUCAGGUCGUAGUUCCUGUUCUGCUGCUUCUAUAGGACUCAGCCCUAUUAUGGACUACCAUGAUGUAAAAUCGGAUGAUGCUUUAGAUAAAGUAAAAAGACGACAUUAUUCUAAGGAGACCACUGGUACUAACACAGAUUUAAAAGUAAGCACCCGUCCAAGAAGCUGUAUAGCACUUCCUAAAUCUCCAGACGAAAGAGACCCAUUUCCGAGUUGUAAGCUUCAAAACAGAAAUAGAAAUGUCAUAUUUAAUUAUGGUGACUCCACCAGAAUGGGAGGACUAAGCAAUGCACACUCCACAUUGGAAAUAGCUUGCAGCACACAGAUUGAGGAGCCUCAGAUGCAAAACAAUGCUGUCUCUAUGGUGGCGAUCGGUGCUGCUGAAAAACUUAGCAGAGGCAAUCCUGUUCAUUUCAAUCCAAAUGGUAGAAGAGGAAAGCCUGUCCAAAGAGCAGCUUCAAGGCUCUACAAGGCUGAGUGUGGAUUUAAAGGCAAGGAAUUUUGUAUUGGGCCUGAAUUCAUUGUCAGAGCAUCACAGGCUGUGAAACAUAUGGAUCUAACUCUGUCUGCUUUAUCUGAGAAGAGAGUAAUCACAGUUGUCUUACUCAAUGGGCAAAAAGUAGAAGUUGUGUGUGAUCCACAAUUAAUAACAGCAGGACAGCUUUUUGAGGCUCUCGUCCACAGUGAAAAAUAUGAACAGAACUUCAUGCUAGGUAUUGCCGUUUUAAUUGGUGGGGAUUUUAUAUUCUUGCCAGAUGAUUAUAAAAUUAAAAAGAUUGCUCCAGAAAGUUGGCAUAAGAGUAAUAAUAAAAAAAAUAAAGUAAUAGAUGAGAACAAUACACUGACAGUUUUUUUAAGAAUUAAGUUUUUCUUGCCUAAAAACAUUGCUAAUAAUAUACAAAGUGGAGAAUGGGUGUAUAGAGUUUAUUUACAAUUGAGGAGAGCAACAGUGGAAGGUCAAAUGACUUCAACUAUUCAGAAUUUAAUUUUACUAGCUGGAUAUGCAUUGCAUAUUGAAUUUGGAGAAUUUUCAUAUAGAGAACAUGGCACUGCUGAUUAUUUUUUGAUGGAGCAUUAUUUACCAGAAAAUAUUAUUACAAAUGACAUGGCAGAUAUCAAGUUGCGUAUGAAACGGGCACACGAAUCUCGGCAUGGCCUAGACAGGAAUAAAGCAAUAUUAAAUUAUAUAACAUUAGCUCAAACAUUUCGUGAUUAUGGGGCACAUUUUUACUCUGCAGUUUGGGCGACAAGGGAUGGUUUUUGUAGAGAUGUUUGGCUUUCUAUUGGUCCAAGAGGUGUCACACUUUAUUCUAGAAAUAGUCAUAAUACAGAAGUGUCAGGGAAUAGUACAGAUCGUAUUGUCUUGCAAAGCUUACCAUGGCAUCACAUACACACUUUUUACUACAACAAAAAGAAUUUGUAUAUAAUACCAAAUUCUUAUUCGGGACUAUCUAAAAUCGGUAUAAAAUAUAAACUAAAAAUGACAGACAAUAAAAGUUAUUUUACAUUUUGGUUAGCCUCUUUACACCACCGAUUGUACCUGAAACUAUAUGCGAAAGAUGACUUUAUUUCUUACUUAUCAGGUGAGAAUUGUCCCAUAAAUAAAAGUGAAAGCCCAAAAAAAUCUGAUUGUAGUAACUAUCAGGACAGCUAUAAUUUAGCUGUGAGAAAUCCAGUUAGAGCUAGAAGACCUGUAAGAAGAAGAUUCAAAAUGGAUAUAUUUGGAGAAAAAAGAGCACAUAAUAAAGAGAAUGAAAAGCCAAACACAGAGGAAUUAUUAAGACAAAUACUUUCACCAUCAUUGAAUGAAGACAGCAUGCAUAAUACUUCAAAUCAAAAUAUACAUGGCAACUCUUCUAAUGAUGGGUUAUCAUCAUCCGAAAGUUGCAGUCUACCAAGAAGACAAGGUGUUAAGAUGGGUACAAGGGUUUUUAAUGGCAUGAAAACAGCUGCUGGUAAUAGGUAUCAUACUUCACCUAUAAAUAGAUCUAAUUAUUGUACUAGGUCUGAUUGUGACCUGACUACAACUCAGAGUGAUUCAGAUGAUUUUAAUUCAGAACAAAAACAGCAUUGUAAUGUAGACAGUAUGAAAUUAUUACCAGAGAGACAUUAUAAUCAAGAUAUGAGCAAUUUACCAACUGCUUAUGUUUUAGAAUCUCCGAAAGUAUACUCGGACGCUUUUAGUUAUAAUGGUGUUAGUAAUGAUUCUUGUUUAAAUACUUCUUUAUUUGAGAAGUUGGAUAAUAUGGGCUGUGUACAAGGAGAAAGAAUGUUUGUGACUGCAGUAUUAGAAAGGGACCAAAUGAACGCUUUGGGGUUGCAAGUAGCUGAAGGAUCAGAUGGUAAUGUGUAUAUAAAAUCUAUAACACCUGGAAGUGCAGCAGAUUUGUGCAAAAAACUUUUACCAGGCGAUCAAAUUAUAUCAGUGAAUGGAAAGACUUUGCUUAAUGUUAAGUAUGAGAAAGCUUUAAAAAUGUUGCAAACAGCUCCGCAUAAGGUGGAACUGAUAGUUUUGCAAAAUGCAAAUAAAAGUUCCAAUGUUGAAUACCAGUUGGAUGCAGCAACUAACUUUGAGGAAUCAAGUCAAUGUAAAUUAACAAAUCAUAGAAGUAUAAGUCAAAGUAUUGCUAGCGCGAUUGAUGUUGAAAUCACUGAUGACGAAUUAUUAAAUGAGGAAGCCUUGAAGACUGUCUAUGCUCUUAUUAAGUUGACAAAGGAAAAGGUUAUUAAAAGAAUGAAAGACAACAGCAGACAAAACACACCGAAUAGAAGCAAUUUGCAGAAAUGUUAUUCAGAAAAUAGAGUAUAUGAGGAAUCUGACACGGGAGGUUCUUCACGGGAAAUUACACCACACAAGCGAAACACUCAAAAGUUUAACACAUGGCGAGGACAGUUUCCAAAUGCAAGACCUAAACGACGACCUUUGAGUCUGAGUAUUCCUACAGAUGUAGAUUUGACAGAAGACUAUUUAAAUGAUGACCCAGGAGAAGCAAUAAUGAAAAGAUCCUCAAUGAAAUCUAUUCAGUCAUCAUUGAAUAGCCUUGACAAUAAGUCAGUGAAGAGUGGUUCUUCAAAAACUGUUCCUUUACCACGAAAUUUUGGCCUUGGCAGGAAAUGGUUGGGACCUGUUAAAUAUCCUGUGACUCCAUGUAAGAGUACCACUGCUUCUGUCGAAACUAGUGCAAUUACUGAUGAUGCUAUAGUGAGAAGACAUUUUAUUUACGGUGGCGGUGACUCAGAUGAAGAUCAAAUAUUUUUAUAAUAAAUAACAAAAAACAUAUACAUAUUAUGUUGUACAUAUUAUAUGAUAGUAUAUAGAUUGUUAUUAUUAGACAUUAAUAAGAGAAUUAUUAUUAUUAUAUAAAUAAAUAACAUUUAUAAUGCAAAUAUAUUUUUAUCU